AUGUCCCAGUCAACGAUGGUCAACAACACGCACGCCCAGCUCCUGGCGAAGCGCAUUGUCGACGGGCGCGCGGCCUCGAACAUUGCUACCUCCAACGACAAUCUAACAUCCAACUUGAAACACUCAUUCAAAUUAACAGACAUUGCCUCUAAAGGAUACCUCAUCCCCAUUGUCGCCGCCGUCUGCGGCUUCCUUAUCCUCGUCGUCCUCUCCGUAUACUUUUUCCGCUCAUGGUCUCGCGUUCGCCGGAGGAGACGAAUGUCGGUCACUGUCAACGAGAGUCUUUCCGUGCCUGGGAAAGUCAACACACUGGCGGGAUUGCGUACGGAGCAGAAGGGUCGAAGUUGUCCAGAACUUGAAAGUGGGGAGGAGAGCGACACGGAGACAGCUUAUACGGCCUACACAGACAAGACCGGUACCGUCGAUAUCGAACGCGACCGCGGGUCCCUCAUCUCGUCUCUUAUCUCGCCGCGGUCUAGCACCUCUAUUUCAUCUUCUAACAGCGACAACUCUCAGACUCAAGGAGGACAUUAUAUACCCCAUCACAUUUGGCAGGCCUCUCUUCAAGCUCAGACUCGGGCUCGCUCGGAAACACAGUCAUCAUCUAGCUCUAAGGCACCGGCUUGGACUCAUCACGCUAGGACGAACUCUCAUGAUGGGGCGAAUACGAACUCGAUCUUGAAUACUCAGACUACGGUGGGACCUGCUCAGAAGUUGAACCAUCAGCAGCAGGUCGCGGCUACGCGAAGACCUUGUCAUUGCAAAGGCUGUAGGGAUGCUCGUAAACCCUCGCUGUCUCUUGGACUUGGCCACGUCAGGUCGUCUCUGCUGCCGAUCGAGGAGGCAGACAAGGAAGUGACCUCGCCCACGACCCUCAGCUACGAUGAUCCUCACGCACAGACCUCUCAGAGCGGCUUGCAAAGAAAGGGUUCUCUUCUUGGACGCGCUUUGUCUCUCAACUCUCGCGGUCAACUCUCAAGGUCCGGAGCUGUCAGAUCUCACAGCCAAUGCAGACGUUUGGCCCCGACGGCGAAGGAUAUCUCGAGACCAGCGCGUAUGACCAAAGAGCAGGAGAAACAGGAAGACGACUGGCUUGCUGCUUUCGGCGAUGGAAUUCCGAUUUCGAGCCGCACGAAGACGGAAAAGGAGAACGUCGGGCCUCCACCAUUGUCCACCAGUCCCCACGCACGCGCUGCCAUCCCACCGGCCAAGGGUUCCGCCACCACUGCCACAAGCUUCGACAACGCUAUUCGUUUGGAAAAACCAGCCGUGGAUUCUAUUCAGCCGUCCUGCGAAACUCAGAGCCCGCGCACUACCAGCAAGAAAUCCGUUUUCGUCUCACACCCGACCAAUGCCCCUCGACGGCCCCUUUCCUCCACUAUUGAACCUAUCCUCGAACCAGCUCACGCGCCCAUAGCCUCUUACAUCGCAUCUUCGCUCGUAUCCCAGGUGUCGUCAAUCUCAGAAUAUGACUACUCCAACACAACGUAUACCAGCUCUCCCACCGUCUCUCACAGCUCGCGCCGAUUGCCUUCCACGUCUGUCACGAGUAGUCCUUCAAGCGUGUACUCCUGCAACAGCUCUAGGCACUCGAGCAUUUGUUCACCGGGUCGUAACGACGCGCGACCUCUCACGCGUCGUAAGCCGAGUCCACGCUGGGAGGAUAUUUUGAGGGAGGAAGAGCUCAAGGCAUCGGGAUCGAUCGUCCCAGAUGCACCUAAGCUCGCGGGCUUGGAAGAUGUACAGCCGUUCGGUCGCGACAUCGAGACGGGUACGGAGGGAGUGGAGAUGCAUAAGAGGAAAGACUGGGACUGUCGAGAUAGUGCGGAGCCUUCGACGUAUGCUGCUAUGAAGUGGAUGGCUGAGGAGGAUUGGAUGGAGAAUAACAGGCCGGUGAGCUAUGGUUACGGUGUGGAGAAGGACGCGGAUGUACGUGCAGGAGUGGGUGCCCAAACCGGGUCACCGCUGGCCCCGUUUGGAUUAGGCAAGGAUUCAGGACAGUGGCCGAGUUAUAGCAGGAGAGGAAAUGUGGUUUCCGAGUGUACCUGA